AUGGGCCGCUACUGCGGCGCCGCCAUUGAGGAGGCGGGCGCCAAGCAGGCCUAUGGCGCGGCACGGCGGGCCAACCGCUUUGUGAAGAAGGACGGCCACUGCAAUGUGCGCUACGUCAACGUGAGCGAGAAGGGCCAGCGCUACCUGGCGGACAUCUUCACCACCUGCGUGGACGUGCGCUGGCGCUGGAUGCUGCUGAUCUUCUGCUCGGCCUUCCUGCUGUCGUGGCUCUUCUUCGCCUGCGUCUUCUGGCUGUUGGCCGUCUUCCACGGCGACCUCGAGGCGCACGGGACCGGCCACAAGUGCGUCUCUAACGUGGGCACCUUCACGGCCGCCUUCCUCUUCUCGGUGGAGACGCAGACCACCAUCGGCUACGGCUACCGCUACGUGACGGACGAGUGCCCGGCCGCCGUCUUCGCCGUGGUCUUCCAGAGCAUCGUGGGCUGCGUCAUCGACGCCUUCGUUAUCGGCGCCAUCAUGGCCAAGAUGGCCAAGCCCAAGAAGAGGAACGAGACGUUGGUUUUUAGCCACAACGCCACUGUAGCCGUGAGGGACGACAAGCUCUGCCUGAUGUGGCGGGUGGGCAACCUGCGCCGCAGUCACCUGGUGGAGGCCCACGUACGAGCGCAGCUCCUGCGCUCGCGCACCACCGCCGAGGGCGAGUACAUCCCUCUGGACCAGACGGACAUGGACGUGGGCUUCGACAGCGGCGUGGACCGCAUCUUCCUGCUGUCGCCCAUCACCGUGGUGCACGUCAUCGACGAGGACAGCCCCCUGUACGGCAUGUCCGAGCGGGACCUGCGCUCCUGUGACAUGGAGGUGGUGGUCAUCCUCGAGGGCAUGGUGGAGGCCACCGCCAUGACCACGCAAUGCCGAAGCUCCUACGUGGCCGGCGAGAUCCUGUGGGGGUACCGCUUCGAACCCGUGCUCUUUGAAGAGGACGACCACUACAAAGUAGACUACUCGCGCUUCCACGCCACCUACGAGGUGCCCGGCACGCCGCGCUGCAGCGCCCGCGAGCUGGCCGAGAGCAAGUACGCGCCGUCCGCAUCGGGGUCGUUCUGCUACGAGAACGAGGUGGCCGUCGACGCCCGGGAGGAUACGGACGAGGGCAACGGUGGCAGUGUCGGCCCGGACGCCGAGCGUGACGGGGAAGCCGACGCCCCGCCUGGGCGGGAGUCGGCCAUUUGA